GAUGCCGGCCGGCGGCCGCCGGUGACGGAGCGUGCGGGCGGCGACAGUGCUAUGCUGCGGCAUGGCUGCUGCUGAGACGGGCUUCAUCGGCAGCCAGCCGUCGAUGGCAGAGUAUAUGUGCUCCAUCAACCCGCUGCUGCAGGAGGGCAUGCCGGAGAUGCCGCCGCUCGGGCCGCCCGCCUUCAUCGACGACAUGGCCGGCGGCGGCCUGCAGGAGGUCACCGAGUACCCGUGGAUGAAGGAGAAGAAGCCGCAGAAGAAGGCGCAGCCAGCGGCCGUGCAGGAGAACGGUCUGCCUCGCCGACUGCGCACUGCCUACACCAACACCCAGCUGCUGGAGCUGGAGAAGGAAUUCCACUUCAACAAGUACCUGUGUCGGCCGAGGCGCAUCGAGAUCGCCGCCUCGCUCGACCUCACCGAACGCCAGGUUAAGGUCUGGUUCCAGAACCGGCGCAUGAAGCACAAGCGACAGACGCUGACGAAGAGUGGCGACACGGAGGAGGAGCGCGCCCUGCAGAAGGUGGAGAAGCAGCGCUGCGAGGAGGAGUGCGGCGUCAACGGCUUCUGCCGCGCACCCGACUUGCCGCCCGACUACCACAAACGCGCCGACAAGCCGGACGAGCUCAAGAGCGAGCGCAACAACAACCAGCCAGAGGAGACAGCGACGAGCCCGGCCGACGCCUCGCCCGACGCGCUGACCUCGUCGUCAGCUGACCUGGCGGCGGCGGACCGCCGCCGCCGCCGGCCGGCUCUUGCUGCCGCGCAGUACCCGUACCAGCGCGCCUACGGCGACGGCUUCGGCGAGCAGUACGGCGGCUACGCCCGGCCGUGCGCGGGGUACGAGCAGCCGGCGGCGGCGCAGUACGUCAACAUGCAGUACGGCGAGUACGGCUACCAGAACGGCUACGCAGUGCACGCAGGCCAGCCGCAGCCGCAGCAGGGCUACUACGCCAACGGCUACGGCCCGCAGGCGUACGGCGCCGUGGCUAAGGUGACGGGCUACGCCACCGCCGGCCACGCCGCCGCCGGCCAGAAGGUCUGCCCGCCCGAGUACGCGGCGCCGGUGCCAGCGAAGGCCGGCAUGGAGUUUAAGCCGCAGGUGGGCUGCCUGCCGGACGAUGUGCACAAAGCGGCCGAGUUCACGGCCAAGGGCGGCGACCCCAAGCACGCCGCCUUCUACGGCCACUACGGCGAGCCGGCCGGCGGCUACGGCGAGUACGCCGGCGGUGGAUCUCAGGCGGGCGGCGAGGGCUACGGCUACUUCGAGGGCGGCGAUCACGGGCCGUCUGACUUCAACUUCCUGUCGAAGCUCAUCACCGACGACUCGGCGCACUACUUCCCGACCAUCUGCAAGGAGUAG